AAGAGUGACUUUACAAAAGACAUCCAAUCAGCCAAGAGAGAUACAGAGAGAGAGAGAGAAAAAAAAGGGAAGCCCAUACCUCCUGUUGCAGUUGGCCGUCUGUCUGAAGAAGGAAAAGAGCUGCUGUGCACAGUGUUUACUUGUCAUGUUGCCUCAGUGUGAGAGAGCGCGGAGUAUAAGUGGACGUCCAGAAGGGCCGUAUCGGGCGGUAGAAAGCGCAGAUGCUCUCGCUACACAAGAUUUUGAGGGCAUAGACACGCUGGACAAACUUUUUCUUCAUGCUGUGAAGAGAUUCAGUCAGGCACCCUGUCUGGGCACCAGAGAGGUCCUUAGUGAAGAAGAAGAAAAACAAGCCAAUGGGAAGCUCUUUAAGAAGUUGGUCCUAGGAGAAUACAGCUGGAUGACCUAUGAAGAAGUCAGCCAAACAGUGGAAUCUUUUGGCAGUGGUCUGGCAGCUUUGGGUCAACAGCCACGAAAUACCAUUGCCAUCUUCUGUGAGACACGGGCAGAAUGGAUGAUCACAGCGCAGGCCUGCUUCAGACGCAACUACCCGUUGGUAACGCUGUAUGCAACUCUGGGUGAAGAUGCUGUAGCUUUUGGGCUGAAUCAGUGUGGAGCCACUCAUCUCAUCACCAGCACAGAACUGUUGCAGAGCAAACUGAAGAACGUUUUGAGUGCAGUCUCAGGUUUGCAGCAUGUUAUCUAUGCAGGCAGUGGUGAAGUAUGUCAGGCUGAUUACCCACAGUCUCUCACCAUUCACAGCAUGGACGAAGUAAUUGUGCUUGGGGCAAAGCCAGAGAACUUAAGUGAAGAGUAUGAGAGGCCGACUGCGUCUGAUCUUGCAGUAGUUAUGUAUACCAGUGGGUCUACCGGGCAGCCUAAAGGGGUGAAGAUGCAACACAGUAAUCUGAUUGCAGGAAUGACGGGUCAGUGCCAGCGGAUCCCAGGCCUGGGAUCACAGGACUCAUAUAUAGCUUAUCUCCCAUUGGCUCAUGUGCUGGAGCUGACAGCAGAAAUAUCCUGUGUGUCAUAUGGCUGCAGGGUCGGAUACUCCUCGCCACACACACUCACAGACCAGUCCAGUAAAAUAAAGAGUGGCGGUAAGGGAGAUUGCUCUGUUCUCAAACCCACCCUGAUAGCGGCAGUACCGGAGAUCAUGGAUCGUAUCUGCAAGAAUGUUAAUGGAAAGUUGAGAGAGAUGUCAGUGAUUAGGAGGACUCUGUUUAAAGUGGGAUACAACUAUAAACUACAGCAGGUGUCACGAGGAUCUGAUUCUCCGGUGUGUAACAUGUUGAUCUUCAAGCAUGUGAAUUUGCUGCUGGGAGGGUGUGUACGGCUGAUGUUGAGCGGAGGGGCUCCACUGUCUGCUUCCACACAAAGAUUUAUGAACGUGUGUUUCUGCCCCGUUGCUGUGGGUUACGGCCUUACAGAGACGUGUGGAGCCGGAACUAUCUCAGAAUUUACUGAUUAUAGUACAGGACGAGUUGGAGCUCCUCUCAUUUGCUCUGAAAUAAAACUGCGAGACUGGCCUGAGGGUGGAUACACCAGUCAGGACAAGCCUCACCCAAGAGGGGAGAUUUUGAUUGGUGGACCGAAUGUUGCCAUAGGAUACUAUGGAAGUGAGGGGGAGGGAGAAAAUGACAACUUCUGGGUGGACGAGGCGGGGCAGCGCUGGUUUUGUACCGGAGAUGUCGGGGAAGUUCAUCCAGACGGUUGUCUGCAGAUUGUGGAUCGUAAGAAGGACCUGGUAAAGCUGCAGGCAGGUGAAUAUGUGUCUCUGGGGAAGAUAGAAGCCGCCCUGAAAAACAGCCCCCUCAUUGAUAACAUCUGCGUCUAUGCCAGCAGUGAUCAGAACUACGUGAUCAGCUUUGUGGUGCCCAAUCAGAAGCAACUGACUGAGCUGGCAAAAAAGAAUGGGAUAGAGAGCGAGUGGGAGGAGCUUUGUAACCACACCAUGAUGGAGGAUGAAGUGCUUAAAGUUAUCAAAGAGAUUGCAGUAAAAAAUAAACUGGAAAGGUUUGAGGUUCCACAGAAGAUUCGUUUAAGUUCUGAGAUGUGGACUCCAGAAACAGGGCUGGUGACAGACGCCUUCAAACUAAAGAGAAAAGAGCUGAAAAAUCACUAUAUAAAGGACAUUGAGAGGUUAUAUGGGACUAAAUGAUGCACAUGCAACACUCUAGGCUGAUUUCCAAUUGUCAUACUAUGGUUCUUAGAUUACUGCCCCCCCAAAGUCUACAGAUGUAUAUCAUGUGGCUUCAAGAUGCAAUUUUUACUGUCGUCCUGACUUGCUCCAUACACUAGACAUAAUAAAAGUAUGCCAGUUGGGAUUCAUCCAUGUGUGCACUUACUGAUUAUCCUUUUGAUCUCAGUAGAAACCGUAGAAACACCAUUCUGCCUCCUGCUGGAUAUAUAUGGUCAUUACUUCUUCUUUGAGUAAGUACUGUGAGGAAUAGCUUUAUUUAAUGGACAUAAAAGAUGCAUGCAGUGGUGUUGUAUUGUUUUUUUUGUUUGUUUUUUUUUACUUUAUAAAGUGCCUUAAAGCAUAGCUAAGUUAAAUAUUUAAAAAAAAAAAAAAAAUGUGCCACCUUUACUUGAAAGUGUUCUUAGGAUGUAAGUGGUAAAUGUCAUUUUUUUAGUUGCUCAGUGUGAUUGUUUAGAGUGUUGAACAAAAGCUGAUGCAUGUUGUUUAGUGUGAUUCACUUAUUUCUGACGGUUAGAGUGGUAACUGUAACUCAAGACCUAAAGAAAUACACCUGGGAACUGUGUAAACUACACAAUAUAACAUGGGAUGAGUUUAUGUUUACAUAUGUAUGGGAAAUAAGUUUUUUUUUUUCCUUUUGUAUACUAUUGACAUAAAAAAGAAAGAUUUUUUUAUGUUGUUUGUCCAUUUCAUCUUUAGUUGUUCCACUGCACAUGGUGAGUGGGUACAUAAUGUGUUAUGUGUGCAUUAGAGAUAAAACUGAGAAGUCAUAUUUUUCCUGUUGUGCUAUAUAUUGUAUUGCAUUUUUAUUUUUAAAACUCUAUCUCCAUUUCACAGAAUAAAUUUUUUCACCAUUCAUUUACCUGAA